AAUUCUUUGGUUGCUAAGAUUUUGAAGUGAGCCCAUCAGCUGAGACCAUGUGUGAUGCUCGAACAAGGAGAAGUUAUGAGAUAGCCAACUCAGACGGGGAGAAAGCAAUUUAGUGUGAGUGAAGAUACCCAGGAUGGCUCAGGGAUCCGGGGAUCAAAGAGCAGUGGGGAUUGCGGACGCAGAGGAGAGUUCCCCAAACAUGAUAGUCUACCGCAAAAUUGAAGACAUCAUUACAAAGAUGCAAGAUGACAAGACAGGGGGUGUGCCCAUCAGAACAGUGAAGAGCUUCCUUUCCAAAAUCCCCAGUGUCGUCACAGGUACUGACAUUGUGCAGUGGCUUAUGAAGAACCUUUCCAUCGAAGACCCAGUUGAAGCAAUACACUUGGGAAGCCUCAUAGCUGCCCAGGGCUACGUCUUUCCGAUCUCAGACCAUGUCCUCACCAUGAAGGAUGAUGGCACCUUUUAUCGUUUCCAGGCCCCAUACUUCUGGCCUUCGAACUGCUGGGAGCCUGAAAACACUGACUAUGCCAUCUACCUCUGUAAGAGAACAAUGCAGAAUAAAGCAAGGCUGGAACUGGCAGAUUACGAAGCAGAAAACUUAGCAAGACUCCAGAGGGCCUUUGCAAGGAAGUGGGAAUUCAUCUUUAUGCAAGCGGAAGCACAAGUAAAGAUUGAUCGGAAAAAGGACAAGACAGAAAGGAAAAUUUUGGAUAGUCAAGAACGAGCCUUUUGGGAUGUCCACAGGCCAGUGCCAGGCUGUGUGAACACAACGGAAAUGGAUAUCAGAAAAUGUCGACGUUUGAAGAACCCGCAAAAGGUUAAAAAGUCAGUGUACGGCGUGACUGAAGAAUCCCAGUCGCAAAGCCCAGUGCACAUCCCCAGUCAGCCAAUCAGGAAAACUACAAAAGAGGACAUCCGGAAACAGAUAACAUUUUUGAAUGCACAGCUUGACAGACAUUGUUUAAAAAUGUCCAAAGUGGCUGAAAGCUUAACUGCUUACACAGAACAGUAUGUGGAAUAUGACCCUUUGAUCACGCCAGCUGAGCCGUCCAAUCCCUGGAUCAGCGACGAUAUCGCUUUAUGGGACAUAGAGAUGAGCAAAGAGCCCAGCCAGCAGCGAGUGAAGAGAUGGGGCUUCUCUUUCGACGAGAUAUUGAAGGACCAGGUGGGGCGGGACCAGUUUCUACGAUUCCUGGAGUCGGAAUUCAGUUCAGAAAACCUCAGGUUCUGGUUGGCUGUCCAAGACCUCAAGAAACAACCCCUACAGGAUGUGGCCAAGCGGGUGGAAGAAAUCUGGCAAGAGUUUCUGGCUCCCGGGGCCCAAAGUGCAAUCAACCUGGAUUCUCACAGCUAUGAGAUAACCAGUCAAAAUGUCAAAGAUGGAGGGAGAUACACAUUCGAAGAUGCCCAGGAGCACAUCUACAAGCUGAUGAAGAGUGACAGCUAUGCUCGCUUCCUCCGGUCAAACGCUUACCAGGACUUGCUGCUGGCCAAGAAGAAGCCAGAAAGUGAGCAAGGUCGUAGAACUUCCUUAGAAAAGUUCACUCGCAGUGUGUGCUGCUGGCGCAGAGUCAGAAUGGCCGCUGCAUUUCACCCCCGAGGUGGCUUCCUUCCAGCAGUGGGGAAAGUCGCUGGCGGGCAAGCGCCUCACCGGCCUGAUGCAGUCCUCCUGACGGUCCCCGCCACAGGGCCCGGGCCCGAGGACCCCUCGGGCAGCCGCCGGCGCUCCACAUCCGCGGACAGAGUCUCCCCGCAGGGAGAUUUGGUCACUGUGAGAGAGAAAGAUCAUGUGCCGACACCCUGCUCCCUAGGAGGUCCUAGUCCUAACGCGUUCAGGGGAGAGCACCCCGCGGGGCUCCUGCUGCGACUGUCACCGGAGGUCAUAUUCUGGCUAUCAUCACUCCUCCCACUGUCGGGGGGUCACGCCUUCCAGCAAACUCAAGAGGACCAGCUGGCCCUGAGCACAUCCAGUAUGACACCCCUCCGCCUCUCUGGCGCACCCACGGCACCCAUUCUAGUGACACCGCUGUGUCCCGACCGCCUCCCGCCUCCCCCAUCUCUGUGGCCACCACGUGUAAAGAGCCAGGACCAGGCUGCCCUCACACCACACGCCCCAAUCACAUCGUCAGCACUGAGCCACCUCCUGGAUUGCAGCACUUCAAGGUCUUCCGACUGCCUUUGAGGCCACCUUUCAAAGAGGUCUCCAUGUCUCGAGGGUCCAACACCAGAGGAAGCCCUGGUGUCGAUGGAAGAGCUUGUGGUUUAACAGCCGUGAAGGU